AUGUACACUUUGAUAUCUGGUCUAGGCAAAUAUUUGUUCCAGAAAGAUGAUUAUUAUAUACUAAUUGUUGGAUUAGAUAAUGCUGGAAAAACAACAUAUUUAGAACAGACAAAAACAAAAUAUUGUAAAAAUUAUAAAAUGAUGAAUUCAUCAAAAAUAACGACUACAGUCGGUUGUAAUAUUGGUCAAAUUGAUAUUGGUCGUGUUCGAUUAAAUUUUUGGGAUUUAGGUGGACAAGAAGAAUUACAAUCAUUAUGGGAUAAAUAUUAUGCCGAUUGUCAUGGUGUUAUUUAUAUUGUCGAUUCCGCUGAUAGAACACGUUUAGAAGAAUCAUGGCAAGCAUUUGAUCGUAUGUUACAAUCAGAACAAUUAAUAAAUGUACCAUUGUUAUUAUCGUGCAAUAAACAAGAUUUAGAUGAUUGUAUGACUGUACCAGAAAUAAAACGUUUAUUUAAUCGUUCAAUACAAAGUGUUGGUGUUCGAGAUUGUAUGGUAUUAGCAUCUUCAGCAAUAACAGGUGAUGGAAUUAAUGAAAGUAUCGAUUGGAUGAAAGAUUGUAUUAUUAGAAAUUCAACAUUGAGACCACCAACAAUUCAAGAUAUUGGAUAA